CCUAGAAAGCUUGCUCUAAACCUUACGAUGGCGAUUCCAUCAAUUGAUGCCGACGAUUUCUCACCUUCUACAACUUUAAUUUCUUACGAUCGUCCACUUCCUUUACUGAGAGGUCCCAUACCGGCUGGUUUAUCAGACGACCCAUCGAAAGGUCCUUUCGUUCUCGCCUUCAGAGAUCCUUCAAGCUGGAAGUCUGCUUUUCAAACUUGUGAAUCUAAAGUCAUUGAGCAGUGCGAGGCUGGAGCACGGAUUGGGUGUUCUAUUAGUGCUUCUAACAAGUGCAAACCACCAUGGUGGAGAUCCUUGUUUGGAGCUGUUACUGUUGAUGUCGCUGCACGGGAGCAAUGUGAAGAGCGUGAGAUGGCAUCCUGUCUUGCUGCUUCUAAAGAAUCCUGUCUCAAGUUAGGAAAGGAGAAGUGCUUACCUCCUUUCCGGGAUGCACGAAUAGCAUUGAUUGAUCUUAAUGAAGUUUCAAAGUUUAUUUUCUGGGCAUCCCCAAUAACAAGAAGAACCAUGUGGUCCAAGUCAAUUGGGUCAAGCCAGCUAGAUUCAUGCCUUCCAUCGCAUUGCGACCUUGAAGUGACUAACUAUAGAGCAAGUGUUCUUUUAGAAUCUGAGACCAGCAUUGAAGAUUCUCCAGGUAAAAGCAGCUGCAACCAGGAAAGCUUGCAGUAAUAGACAUAAGUUUUGAAUCAAGAAGUUAUAGAAGGGAAGCUCAAGUUCCAAGGUUUUGUGAUCAUAAUAUAUUUGGGAAUUUCAAUAGAUCCAGAUAUCCUGGUUAAUUUGCUUCAUUAUAUAUGCUUGCACCAAAGAGGUAGAGAAGCUUUUUUACUGAUUGCCACUUGGUUGAAGGAUAUUGCAUGUGGCCAUCCCACUGGGGUCCCUUCGAAAGGAAAAGCGGUGGUGUCUGAAGCUCAUUCAAAAUUGAAGUCACAGAAGGGAGUUAAGUGUUUGAAGCAGGCAGCUUCAUCUCAAGCCGCCUACAUCGUUUUGAUCUGUCAGAGUCACACAGAAUUCAACAUCCCCAUCUCCUGCAUCUUCACCAGCACAUUGAUUCAUACUUUUAAAUUAAGAUUUGUCUGCAAAAACCACCCAGAUUCAUACUGUUGUAGAUUCAUAUCUUCAUGAUGGAGAGCAAAUUUCUUGUAGCCAGUGCAAAGUUCUG